AUGUCAUUCUAUCUGGCCAUCGUAUCACCCUUGGACUCACCGUUGUUCGAGCUAUCGUUCCCAUCCGCCAAACCACCUCCAGGAUCAUCCUCGGCUUCCUCCACCUCAUCCUUCCCUUCCUGGUCCACUUUCACAGCCGCCAACGGCUCGGAUCUGGGUGCAGAUGGUCCAGGUGCAAAAGUAGGAGGGUCGAUGGGACUGUUGAGUGGGGAGUCAAAGACUGGACCGGAGAGGGAUAGGGCAAUGUGUCAGAUGAUAGCGCACAAGAGUCUGGACAGCGUGGAAGAGAUGACGGAUGGGACUGGUAGUCUCUAUCUGAAGAAUAUAGAUAAGCAUAAUGAAUGGAUAGUAUCAGCUUUCAUAGCAACAAACGUCAAAUUCAUCCUCUUACAUGAUAUCAAGAAUGACGAUGGGAUACGGCUGUUCUUCUUGGACGUAUGGGAAUCUUAUGUCAAGAUUCUGCUCAAUCCCUUCCACACCGUUAACACCCCAAUACGAAAUCCAGUGUUCGAAUCAAAGAUACGUGCGAGCGCUAAGAAGAAUCUGUAG